AUGUCUACUUUCCAGGCAGUCAACACCACAUUGUCGGUCCCAGAUGCGCCACAGGGCCGCCCGGGUGACGAGACGACGCCGACUACUCCCCGACCGAACAGCAGGUUCUUUGCCGAAUCGAAAGCGACCGAAGAGAUCCGUGCCGAAGACCCAUCGGCUAAGACACCUACACGCAAUACCUUUGCGGGUCUUGUUGGUCAGCGACCACUGCCCUCGUCGCCGUUUACACCCGGCCGCGAGCUGAGCGAGACACCUUCAGCUUCGAACAAGAGCGAGCAAAGUAGAGAGGACUCGCAUAGGCCAACAACCUCGGGACAAGAUGUGCAUAUGGGUGAUGGGGAUGAUGACGAGAAAGACGGAUCGGACAACGAUAGCGUAACCAGCGAUUCCAACCGGCCGUCUAAAAAGAAGAAAGGACAACGCUUCUUUUGUACCGACUUUCCGCCGUGCAAUCUCAGCUUCACGAGAAGUGAGCAUCUGGCACGACACAUUCGUAAGCAUACUGGUGAAAGACCUUUCCAAUGUCACUGUUCUCGGCGAUUCUCGCGACUCGACAACCUCCGGCAACAUGCCCAAACAGUUCACGUCAACGAAGACAUACCCUCGGAAUCGCUAGCUGCAACGGUCCAACGCGCCUACAACGCCCACAUCCGCUACCUUUUCGACAGUCACUGGCAGCCCCGCUCGCUACGGGUCCACUAUACAGUCUCCGGUUUCGUCUUCGUCCAGGCCAGUCUCAUGGGCCGGACCACCCCUUCCAGGACGUCGAGAGUCCAUCUCGUCCAGUGGUAA